AUGACCUGGCUGGCCGAGCCGAUCCCCACACUUCUCGCGGCCGCGCGGGAUUUGACCACGCUCGGUCUCCACUUGCCCUCCCUGUCCGACGUGCCCAAGCUUGACUUGUGCGACAAGCACCGGGCCGACUUGUCCAGCGGCGCACUGCGACCUGUCAGGUACCUCAUCCUCGUCGGGGCGUUCGUGACUCUGGUCUCUGGCGCCGCGGGGCUGCUGGUCGGGCUCGCCGUUGGCAGUGGAGUAUCGCUCAUACGGCCACGACGUCCGGAGACGCAGGUCCUCGUCCAUUAUCCAGAGGACGAGAACGGGCUUGUGUGGCACCAUCGCGUUCUUCUGUAUCGUGUUGCUGGGGGCCGAUCGGUAUGCCUCACGCCCGACCUGGGCAUGCAGAUUCAUGAUUUCAACGUGCAGCGGCAUCGCAUCAUCGGUCGGAGGGAGGCUUUCCCGCCCGACCUUGCGGCCCGCUGCUAUGUCUUCGACGACGACGGCGUUGGCCGGGCGCAGCUCGACGAGCUCAAGCGCCAGGCCCGAGUGCAGGCUGCCAUCCUCGGCGACGUGGAGUUCGAGGACGCCGAGGAAGUCAAGUGGCUGGUGUAUGAGGCGGGGAACGACCAUUUUGGCAAGGAGGUCCCCGUCGAGGUGUUGGAGGAUGACCAGAGGUUCGUUUCCCUGGGCACGCUCGGGGUGGUCGACUGGCUGGGCGAGAAAAGGUUAGCGGAGGGAGUGGCGGCCGACAACGUCGACGAGUGGAGGCAGAAGCGCGAGGAGACCGAGAGCGACUCGAGGAUCCUCGGCAUCCAUCGCAAGCAUGGGAAGCGGAACCUCGCGCUGCAUGACGCGGUGCAGCUGUUCACUGAGGACAGCUUUGAGGACUGGCCGUUCCCUCCGCCGCGAGCAUCCCUGGAGUACCUCGAGUCGAUCCGCGAUGGGCCUGGCUCGAUGGUCGUUUACGAGAGCGAGUGGAGGCAGGACAGCGGCGUCGGCGACGGCACCGCGGCCCUCCACGAGCACAGGAACAACGCGGAGGUGCUCAGGCUGGCCCACCAGGUGGAUCAGCUCAAUAUCCCGAACCUGGCGUGCUUCGAGCAGUUGGUUCGGCGCCAGGUCCAGAUCGAGAUGGCUGUGGAGCGGAAUGCGAAGCACCCUGACUACGGAGGUCUAGACCUGGUGCUCGGCGGGCCGACGACGGAGAGUGGCGCUGCUUCCAGCCAGACCUUCCGCGACUGGGUCUACAAGAAGCAGGGCGAGCGCGCCCAGACGCUCAAGCAGGUGCUGCCGUCCGACGGCGACUCCGUGCACAGCGGCGCCACGGGGAGCUCUUUCCUCUCCCAGCGCCAUCCUCUUCUCUGCCCGCUUCUCCCGGCGCUCCUCGAUACGUUCGGCAGCGACGGCUUGAACAGCGGCAUCGGCAUCGGCGAGACCCUCUCGGAGCUCACGGCGUCCAGGGACCUGUACUCGCAGGAGCCGAAGAAUCUCGCCGAGUACGACAUCGACAAGCUCAAGAUUUGCCGCUCGGGGACCGUGGCCAAGGACGCAAAGUCGCUCUUGCCGCCCGACGCGGCCGGCCUCAUCCGACACUACGCCCGCUGCAUCGAGAGGGACUCGGAGCAGAUACUGGAGUUGCAGGCUGCGCGUGAUUUCCCGCGGCCAUACUGGGAUCCCACGCUUGCUCGGGAUCAGGAUGGGCUUCUCUUUCUCGUCGAUCGGCUUCGGCAGGCGAACCUCAUCAGCUUCCGCCGCAAGCUCAAGGCCAAGAUCGGGAUCUUCUUCGUCAAGAAAAAGGACCCCGCUUGGAUCAUGCUCAUCAUCGACGCCAGGCAGGCCAACCGGUGCCAUCGGGCACCACCCAAGACAAAGCUGGUGUCCGUCGGCGGGUUUUGCGAGCUCGACCUUUCGGACUCCGCCCUUCGUGACCUCGGCGGCUUCGGGCCCGUGGCCGAGGUCUGGGGCGGCACCAGCGACGUCGACGACUGCUUCUACCAGAUGCUGGUCGAGGAGCUCGGGUCGUGGUUCGGGAUCGACAUGCCUAGGACCGCGGGCGAGUGGGGCGUCUCCAGCGUCUACGACGACGACGUCGGGAGGCACGUCCCCAUCGACUCGACCGCCACCCUCUACCCCGUCUUCCACGGUAUGGCGAUGGGGUGGUCCUGGGCGCUGCACCUGGCCAACGAGGCCGUCUCCUUCCUGGCCAGCAAGAGCGCGGUCUGCCCGCGGUCGCUCGUGCGCGAGCGCACGCCCGCCCCGGCCCUCCGGGUCGGACAGGCGGUCUCUGGCGUCUACGUGGACAACUUCACGACCAUCGCCGGGGACAGGCUCGGCGCCGAGGACUCGAUCGAGCGGUUCAGGCGCGCGGCGGCGGAGGCGGGGAUCGGCACGCACGUCGACGGCGACGUCGGGGUGGUCUUCGAGAGCCUCGGGGUCGUCUUCGAUGGCCGACAGCGCUGUCUGCGGCAUCUGCCUCGUCGAGUGUGGCGCGUCUACUUGGCCACGCGGGCCUUGCGGCGGCGCCGCUGGGUCCACGGGAACAUCCUGGAUCUGGAUGGGCCGCGUGUCAACCUGUUCGGGCUGCUGCGUCCAGGGCUGUCUUGCUUUCAGCAGGUCUACCCGUUCGUGGCCAACGCUCGAGGGCGACGAGUUCGCCUCACUGACGCCGUCAAGAACGAGAUGCGUCUGGUCCAGGGCCUGUUGUUCCUCUGCGAGUACGACCUGGGCGCGGAUUUCAGCCGCGAGGUCUACUGCUCGGACUCGUCGGACAUCGGCUUCGCGCUGCUCUCUACCAGGGCGACGGAGGCUGAGCUGCGGGAGCUUACCCGCUACCGCGAGAGAUGGAGGUUCAAGCUGGUGGAGACCCUCUCUGAGGUCGCCCUGGUCAGGCCCGAGUGGGCCGAGUACGUUGGAGGCCGCUUGCGGCCUGGAGGUGGAGCUGAUCUGCCCGAGGGUGCCUACGCUGAGGUCGAGGUGCCCAGCGCCAUCCCGCCAGUCGACCAGUGCUGGGACACGCCGCGCCGCUGGGCCCAUCUGCGGGUCGGGCGCUGGAAGUGGACCAAGGAGCGCAUCAACAUCAAGGAGGGUCGUGCUUCCUUGUUUGGUUCGCGGAGAGCGACCCGCACUCGCCACAACCACGGCAAGCGGGUCGCGUCGCUGGGCGACAACCUCGUGUCCAUCUGUGCUUUCGAGAAGGGCCGCGCGAAGUCGUGGGCUCUCAAUUCGCUGGCGAGACGGGCGGCUGGAUAUCAGAUCGCCGCUCGGGUUCGCUGGCACUCUCGGCACAUCGAGAGCAAGCGGAACGCUGCAGACGCCGGCUCGCGCCUGCACCAGUCUGGCGCGAAGUUCGACCUCACCAGAAAAAGCAUUCAGAACCUCAUCAAGUCCUGGAUCCUUGCGGGCCUCGUUUGGCAUAUCCAUCUGGGGACCCCGUGCACGGCCUGGUCUAUUGCAAGAAGGGGAGUGGUUGAUCUGGGAAAAGCUCACGCCCAGGAAGCUAUCGCUGUGGAGCUGGCCCUCUUCACGGCCGAGGUGUGCACGUUGGCCUCCCGAUGCGGGGUCCUCUGGAGUCUGGAGAACGCUGCGGCAUCGGGGCUUUGGGAGUUCGGGCCCGUCGUGGACCUCAUGUGGCUUCCAGAGGUCUUCAAGGUCACCUUCCACAUGUGCCAGCAUGAGGUCUCCCACAAGAAGCCCACCACUAUCCUUACCAACAUGUUGGCCCUGCGCGGGCUCGAGGAGAGCACCGCGGGCGAGAAGUCCAAGGACAUCUACCGACGUGAGCUCGCUCGCUUUUUCAGUUGGGCCGAAGAGCGUGGCCUCUCGACCAAGCCCGACGAGCUCGCGAUCACCAUGAAGCAGUACUUCUACGUUAAGUUUCAGGAAGGGUAUGGGCCUGGCUUGGGCCGCUCCGUCUUCUUCGGGUACCUUUUGCUGCACUUCGCGAACUACAUGCUCGAGAGGGACCGGCUCAGCGACGUCGAGAGGGCGCUCGCUGGCUGGGCCAAGCGGGCCCGCGAGACCGUGAAGGAUCCCGCUCCCCAGGAGGUGCUGCUGGACAUGGCUGUCUGGAUGCUCGACCGCGGGCGGGGUGAGAGCGCCUCGUGCAUGGCCCUGCAGCUGGGCGACUACGCCAGGCCCUCUGAGAGUGUCGAUCUCGUGCUGGGCAACGUGCUGAAGCCGGUCGUCGGUGUUCGCGGGGCGCCGUCCCGCGACUGGGGCAUCGUCUUUGCCCCGGCGGAGCUCGGCUUUGUCACCAUGACCGGGCAGCGGGACUUCAGAGACGCCGCCAAGGCGCUCGGAUACGAGAAGCUCAACAUCACACCGCACACCGUGCGGCACACAGCCCCCUCGCACGAUAUCUACCACAAGCACCGGACCUUGGAGCAGGUGCGACGCCGCGGCCGCUGGGCCGCCAAGAAGAGCGUCACUCGCUACGAGCGCCAUGCCAAACUCUUGAAGCAGCACAGCAAACUGACAACCGUGCAGAUCGCCAGGAUGAACAGGCGGGGUGCGCCAGGGAUGGCAGUGUGUUGUUCCACCCUUGGUUCCGUAGAAUCUCGCCUGGAGUGGUCCCUGGGCGGCGGGACUGGAGGCCCCGAGGAGGCCGAGGUCGACGAGGACAUGGGGACCUUCUUCCGCCGCCUGAAGGCUGGGGAGCUCGUCUACCUCUGCGACGUGUCCAUCUCAGGGGCAACGCUGGGGGGGAUAGGGACGGGCACGAGCCUGCACAGCUCGGGGUGGGCCGAGGGAGCCCCGGCCCCCCGGCCGCCCGGGCGGGGCCUCGAUAGGCGCCUCGAGGAGGCUCCGCAGAGCAGCGCUGCGAACAUGGGCGCUGGCGGAAACCUCGGCCGAUCUCGACCAGGACCGCGCCCGACCGUAGAGAGCACGACGUCGGGGUGCUGGUCCCCCCCCCUGGCGCCCACCCCGAACCUCGACCAGUAUUGCUCGCACGGCUGGAUGUUCUUGGCGGAGGGGCGCAAGCGGUGGACCGUGUUCCACCCGGAGGACGCCUACCUGCUGGCCCCCGAGUUCGACCGGGAGGCGCACAUGCCCCGCUUCCGCGACCUCGUGCACCUCGAGGAGGACCCGCGCGUGCAGGAGCAGGUGCAGCGGGCGCGGCGGCUGGACUUCGUGAUGGAGGCGGGCGACGUCGUCUUCCUCCCGCAGGGCACGCCCCACCAGGUCUACAACCUCACCCAGACAGUUGCCGUCACCGCCAACUUCUGCUCGGCGGCGCGCCGGGGGGGAUGUCUGAGCGUGGGCCGGCCUUCUCCUCAGAAGGCUGGGGUGUCUUCUCAGAAGACUCCUGGCCUUCUGAGGGGCCCUCUGCGGCGUCGGGCCUCAGAAAGCUUCUCAGAAGGCUGGAGGUAAGUCGGGCGUGUCCCUCUACAGGAG